CAAGUGUGAAAUAUAUCAAACUACCUUAGUAUACUUAAUGAGUUCAGUGAGUCAAGUUUGAAGCAGAAGUUUCGUCAAGAUGAAACAACUUCUUAUCAGUUUCAUUAUUUAUUCAGUAGUCGUUCUGGCAGUCGCGAAAGAUUACAAUGGCUAUAAAGUCUACGAUUUGUCACCAACAAAGGAACAAAUUCCUUUUGUUAUGGAAUGGGAAUUUCAAACUGGCAUUGAUUUCUGGUCAUAUGGACGUGCUAAUAAAGCAUUUCGUAUUAUGGUCUCACCUGAAAUUGAGUCAAAUUUUGUGAACUUCCUUGACAAAAAUGAAAUAAAUUACAGCAUUGGAAUUGAAAAUGUCGAGACAACUUUGAAGAGCGAUAAGAUAACAAAAAGAAGCUUGAGAUUAGUAAAUGGAAUUCCAAACUUUAAUUAUUACUGGAGUUAUCCAGAAAUGGAAGAAAUUUUCAAUCGUCUAGCCACAGACUAUCCUAACUUAGUAAAAUUGGAAGUGAUUGGAAAGUCUUAUCUAAAUCAAAGCAUUUAUGGAGUUCGUGUCUCAAAGAAUCAAGAAUUUGGAUUAAAUCCAAUAAUCUUUAUUGAUGCUGGUACGCAUGCAAGAGAAUGGGCGGGAAUCCAAUCAGCUUUUUAUUUCCUUCAUCAACUUGUUGAAAAUUCUACAAUCCACAAUGACUUACUUGAUAAUGUAGAUUAUGUCUUUGUGCCUGUCGUAAAUCCUGAUGGAUUUCAAUAUUCAUUCACUGAGGAUCGAUUAUGGCGCAAAAACCGACAUUAUGUCAACUAUACAUGCACUGGCAUUGACUUGAAUAGAAAUUAUCGAUACAUGUGGAGAUAUGUUGCAAAUAGCUGCUCAGGAAAUGGAUAUCCAGGUGUCUCAGCACUCUCAGAACCAGAAACAGCAGCUGUUGCUAAAUAUAUGGAAAGUUUCAAGAAUAAUUUGAGAUUAUAUUUAAGUACACAUACUUAUGGAGGUCUUGUGCUUUGGCCAUUUGGAUUUGCAAUGGAUAUUUAUAUUAAGAAUCAUAAGGAACAUCAGAAAUUGGGUGAAAAGUUUGCUAAUGCAAUUUCUGUAGCAACUGGAACGGAAUAUGAAGUUGGAAAUUCUGCUGAUAUUCUUUACACUGCUUAUGGUGCAUCCGAUGACUUCGCCAUUGCAUAUGGAGGUGCAGAUUUUGCAUACACAUUAGAACUGCCUGGAGGCGGUCCAAAUGGAUUCGAUUAUCCACAAGACAUGAUACAUGACCUAGUGAAGGAAACAUUUAUUGGAUAUCGAGAAUUCUCUCUGUUUAUUAAAGAGCGAUUCAAAACCGUUCAAUAAAUAAACUUCAUGCUGUGCGUUUAUAAUGUGGCAAUCAGUUGCGUAGUAAGAAUUAUGAAUAGGAAGCGGGAGGUUCCUAAUGUCUAGCAAUUUUAAAUGAUUUGAGUUCAAUGUUUGAUAAACCCUUGCUUAGUUGACUCUCUGGCUACGCCACUAGCGACAAUAUAAAUUUUAUUUCUUAUGUGUGAAGAUAAACUUUAAAGAAUAAAUUGAUUGUAUUUUACACAAUAA